UUGCGAGGAGCCGCCGCGGGACCGUCCGGCGGCGGGGCCGGCGCCGCUCGGGCUGCCCGGGCUGCCCAGGGCUCACGGGGCCGCCCCGGCGGGCGGGAAGAGCCGGGGCUGGGCGGCGGCGGAGCCAUGGAGGAUGAAAUGCCCAAGACCCUGUGAGUGGGGAGGGGGCGAGACCGCCUAUUGUUCCCGGCUCCGCGGGGAGGGGCGGCCCGGGGGGUCGCCUCACGGAUGGGGCCCCUCAGGGCUCCGCCGCGGACUCGCAGCCGCCCCGGGGGCUGAGGGGUAGCCGGCUCCCGCGGUAUUCCUGCCCUUUGCCCGUGCCCAGUGCUGGGCACCGCCGCUGCCCUCCGCUCCGGGCGUUCCCCUGCGCCUCCAGCUGACGUCUGGAGGGACAGGGCUGUGUGCAAGCCGUGUGUCCCUUCCCCGCUACGUCCCGAGUCACAUCCGGAGAGAAAAGGGGUCUGCAAGCUACGUGGGGAACCUCUCCAGGGACGUGACCGAGGCUCUGAUCCUCCAGCUCUUCAGCCAGAUCGGCCCCUGCAAGAACUGCAAGAUGAUCAUGGAUACAGCUGGCAACGACCCCUACUGCUUCGUGGAGUUCUCCGAGCACCGGCACGCGGCCGCGGCGCUGGCUGCCAUGAACGGCAGGAAGAUAAUGGGUAAGGAGGUCAAAGUGAACUGGGCCACCACCCCCAGCAGCCAGAAGAAAGACACCAGCAAUCAUUUCCACGUCUUUGUCGGAGACCUCAGCCCUGAGAUCACAACUGAAGACAUCAAAGCAGCCUUUGCUCCCUUUGGAAGAAUCUCGGACGCGCGGGUGGUCAAGGACAUGGCCACGGGCAAGUCCAAGGGCUACGGCUUCGUCUCCUUCUUCAACAAAUGGGACGCCGAGAAUGCCAUCCAGCAGAUGGGGGGCCAGUGGCUCGGGGGCCGGCAGAUCAGGACCAACUGGGCCACCAGGAAACCUCCAGCUCCCAAGAGCACCUUUGAGACAAACACCAAACAAUUGUCCUACGACGAGGUGGUCACUCAGUCCAGCCCCAGCAACUGCACCGUGUACUGCGGGGGGGUCACCUCGGGCCUCACAGAGCAGCUGAUGCGCCAGACCUUCUCCCCCUUCGGGCAGAUCAUGGAGAUCCGAGUGUUCCCGGACAAAGGCUACUCCUUCGUCAGGUUCAGCUCCCAUGAGAGCGCCGCCCACGCCAUCGUCUCCGUCAACGGCACCACCAUCGAGGGCCACGUGGUCAAGUGCUACUGGGGCAAGGAGACGGCCGACACGGCCGGGCCCGUGCCGCAGGGCCAGCUGAGCUACCCGCCGGCCUACGGGCAGUGGGCUCAGUGGUACGGCGGUGCCCAGCUGGGCCAGUUCGUGCCCAACGGCUGGCAGGUGCCCGCCUACGGCGUCUACGGCCAGGCCUGGGGCCAGCAGGGCUUCGGGCAGAGCCAGCCGUGGCUGGGCCCCGGGUACGGCCCAGGCCAGAACGGCGCCGUGGUGCCGGCCCAGCCCGGCUUCCGCGUGGGCUUCGAGAGCCCCUGAGCCCAACAGCAGCAAAAUCACCAAAACCUCCUGUUUCACCCCAAAAUCCAGCCAGGAGCUUCAUGGGCUUCGAGACCCCCUGAG